AUGCUAAAAGUGGACGAAAUGGCCCCCGUAAUGGAUAUACGACAGGAAGACAAGGAAGUCCGAGCAGGUCUGCGGCGGAAAUACUUGCGGCAGCGACUGGCGCGGAUCGACACCCCGCAGAGAGAUCCACGACGUGACCUCACCGUGGUAACCAGUGGACGGAAUCUUCGCAGGCAGGAUGUGGUCGAAGUCGAGGACGAGGACGACAGUGACGAGGAGGAGGCAGGGAAAGCUCGUGAAGGCACCAAGAACAGGCAGGGCAAGGAUUCGGACUCCGACGACGACGACGACGAGCAUCACAAUAAACAGCCUGUGGCGACACUCGCACUGCCUCCGCCGGACUCUCCCUCGCCGACCGUACAGUCGUUCCCUCCUCUGCAGCUGGCGCCCUCAACCUCCACGUCUUUGAUGGCUCCUGCAACCCACACAACGCCCGCGACGCCGCCUACUCCAACCUUUCCAGUUCUCCCGCCGCCACCUCCAGCCGUUAUCACUAUGCCGCCGACCACUGUUGUAAUGACUUCCACUAUUGUGGCCACGCCAAAACCGUCCGCCAACGCCCCUGUCGUCAACAACCCUCAAGUCGAACCUCCGCCCUGGACAACGUCUUCGUCGAUCUCCCUGAUGACUACUCAGCCGCUCUCGCUCGUGUCGUCGAUCUCGGUCAGCUCCCAGCCCAGGAAAGGAGUUGGAAACCCGGAAACAAUAUCGUCUCCAACCUCCUCGCCAACGUCCACCGAGACUUCCACCCAGACUACACCAUUCGCCUUCGAGAAGAGUACGCCCACACCAACCGUCUCUCUCGAAGAUGUGAAAUAUGGCAACGACGGCGGCCGUGAUCGGGAUCAGGGGCCGCCUCCGCGAGGACUGGACACCACUGCUGAGCACGCACUCAUCUCAGCGGGAUCGAUUGGUGGGUUCAUCAUCGUCUGCUUUAUUUGCUGGAUGGCAUGGCGCAUGGUCAAAAAGUCCAAGGCCAAGGAUAAUGGCUCCUACGGCAAUCAGCCGCCACCGAACCAGCUCCUCGCCAAGGUCCCAUACUUUGGUCGCGGGCAGCGAGUUUGGCAAGAGAUGGAUGACGGCCCAAAUGAUAUGCGCAGUGCACCACCACAUUACGAGAAGACCAACUCAAUGGGACAAAUCUCGGAGAUCUACUCCAUGUAUGACCCGAGGUCGCAGACGCAGUCGAUGGCAAAGCAAGGGCCACUGGUAUUGCCUCAGCUGCAAACCAACUUCUCCCCUUCCAGCAACUUCAACAACAACCCAUUCUCUGCGACAUCUGGUUCCAUGCAGAAUCCCCGAAGUGCUUCGAGUCCAUUGCACAUGCAGACAGCCUCGCCUCAGUCCCAAAUGAGCCAGCAGCCCCUCGCAAAUAUGCCCCCGCAGCUUCAACCAGGUUUCUCCCCGGCCAGCAACUUCAAUCCAUUCAUGGGAAACCCAUCCGCAGAUGGAUCCAACACUAUGAGCCCGAAUGGCACACUCCAGUAUGGGUCAUUGCAGACUACCGGAACAAUGCAGAGUGUUGGAACCACACAAGCAAUGGGAACGAUGCAGACGGUUGCGUCGACCACUACGGAUCGGUCGCGUAUGCAAGAUCCGUUCUUCAACCAGUCUGAGCUCGCCCGACAACCCUCUGACGCGUACGACCCGAACAGACGUCAAGUUUACCGCGCGUCGGAGCUGUCGUCCUUGUCCUCAGGUUUUGGCGACGAAGACAUCAUCGUUCCUGCUCCCGCCGCCACGCGGCAGCCCGGUGUUCCAGGCGCUUCCCGUCUCAGCUACCAGCAAACACCCAGCGUCAGCCGGAAGAACAGUGUCGCCAAUGUCAGCGAGGCUGGAAACAGCAACCGCGAUACAGUUUACACUACGACAAGCGAGGACAUGCCUCCAAGGUUUAGAACUGUCAACAGCUGGGUGAACCAACAGACGGGACGGGUCCGUAGGGCCGAGCAGAGGGCCAACGAAGACAUCCCGCCCGUGCCUACGAUGCCGGCGGAGGAGAGAUACACAAUGAUGAUGGAUGACGAGGAGCCCAGGCGACCAGAUACGGCUGCGGCCCCUGUACCAGACCUCCCUGCAGAGUUCAAAGAGACGAAGCCAUGA